UCCCAGACUGCGUCAGAUCUGUGGCGAGCACAUCGCCACUUGUUGUCCAGCUGCCCACCAAGCUUGAUCUUGCCCAGUCUCUCCGCCUCAGCACAGUGGUCUUCAGUUAACGUGCAAACUAUUCAAAGCUUUGAAAAAGCUUUUCUUUUUUUUUUUUUUAAAUAACUUACCAUUUUCAACGUGAAUCCUGGAAAGAUGAAGAAAAAUAGUCGAAUUUCGGAAGUGGUUGUUUCGUCACAUCAAAUUGGCAGUGAAACUGGAAGUGCAGGUAACGAUGGCUUACCAGCCGUGCUGGUCCGCGAUGCAACCAAAUGCUACGGGGUCCGGAAGAACCGCUGUGCCGUACUCCAAUCACUGGACAUGAGUGUUAAAAAAGGGAUGAUAUACGGAUUGCUGGGCGCUAGUGGAUGCGGCAAGACUACCUUAUUGAGCUGUAUGGUUGGUCGUCGGAGUUUGAACAGCGGUACCGUACUCGUCUUCGGUCAUAAACCGGGCUCUCCGGAGAGCGGGAUUCCCGGUCCGAGGGUCGGUUACAUGCCACAAGAGCUCGCCUUGUAUGGCUACUUCACUAUAAAAGAGACACUUCAGUACUUUGGCCGUAUUUACAAUUUGAAACCGGCCUUUGUCAACGCUCAGUUGGAGUUUCUCUCUAAUUUGUUGCACCUGCCUUCGAGCCAUCGUUUCAUCAAGACGCUGAGUGGCGGUCAGCAGCGGCGUGUUUCGUUCGCUGUCGCUCUCUUUCACGAACCUGAGCUGCUUAUAUUAGACGAACCGACAGUCGGUGUGGAUCCAUUACUUAGGCACAGUAUUUGGGAUCAUCUUAUCAGUCAGAGUGUCGAUCAUGGAAGAACUGUCAUCGUUACGACGCAUUACAUUGAAGAAGCACGACAGGCUAACAUGAUUGGAAUGAUGCGUUCGGGCCGUUUGCUUGCGGAAGAAUCGCCCGACAAUCUGUUGAGUAAUUACAGACUUCCAUCGUUGGAGGAAGUGUUCUUGAAACUCUGUAUGAAGGACGAUGGUGAAAAUCGAACAGAGCCGGCCCAGGCAAUUGAAAAUUGCACGAAUGGAACACUACAGCCUGUAGCGGGCCAUACCAAUCUUGCGUUUGAACACAGUGCAAGCCAAACUAACAUCACGGACAUCGACACGAUCGAAAAUCAGUGCAGCUCUAACGAAUCUUCAAUUUCUCCAGCUGAUUGCUUUGCAAACGCUGCGUUAAGCCUCGGUGUCAGUAGCACAAGACCGGCCAUUUCCAGUGAAGCGAAUGUGGUAGUGUCACGCAAGAAGAGCAGGCUGAGUUCCACCGUCAGGAUGGCCCUACCUUCUGUGCAUCGUCUCGGCGCCCUGAUUCGCAAGAAUUUUUUGCUGACAUUCCGCAAUAUUGGGAUAUUCAUCUUCAUCUACUUCAUGCCUGCUUUUCAAGCCAUCGUUUUUAACGUGACACUCGGACAUGAACCGACAGGACUUAAGAUGGGCAUCGUUAAUGACGAAUUGAAUCCGAGCCAGGGCCGUGUAUGCAAUUACACGACAGACUGUUCGUAUUCGAUGCUCAGCUGUCGUUAUCUUCGAUACAUAAAGAAAAACAUCAUACAGGUCCCCUUUGAAAGUGUAACGGAUGCUUUGGAAGCAGGAAAAAAUGGACAUGUAUGGGGUCUCAUCCAUUUUGGACAUAACUUCACGGAAGAGUUUGAAGUUCGACAGGCUGCUGGAGACUCGGCGACCAUAGAGAACAUUAUCCGAAGUCAGAUUGGCAUCAACAUGGAUUCAACUAAUCAGCAGAUUGAUCUGUUUAUUGAGAAAUGGCUCCUGGAGGCUUUCGGAGAUUUCUUUAAGGAUUUGAUGAGAUCUUGCCAGCACGAGCCGGAAGCCGGAUACAUCCCAGUUGUGUUCCUCGAUCCUGUUUAUGGUAAAAAAGACACCCCAUACACGGAAUUCAUGGCCCCUGGUCUUAUUAUCACCAUUGUGUAUUUCAUGGCUGUUUCCCUAACUUCCGGCGUGUUAAUCGCUGAACGGAAACAAGGACUUCUCGAUCGUUGCUUAGUGGCUGGCGUACAGAUGAGAGAAAUUUUAUUCGGUCAAUUAAUCAGCCAGUUUACCGUUAUGGUGGGCCAAACAGCGCUAGUUUUCAUGUGCAUGUUAUUGGUUUUUAACAUCUCAUGUCACGGAAAUUUGGCGCUUGCCGUCUUCAUCACCUUUCUUCAAGGCCUCGUCGGAAUGUGCUUCGGUCUGUUGAUAGCCACGGUAUGCGAUAACGAAAUCAGCGCCCUUCUACUUUCGCAGGCGAGUUUCCUUCCGUUCACCGUCAUCAGCGGAGUGUGUUGGCCGAUCGAAGGUAUGCCGUUCUACCUUCGAAAUAUCGCUUAUUCGAUGCCGUUGACGUACGCCAUCGAGUCUUUGAGAUCGAUUUUCUCGCGAGGCUGGGGCGUCGAACGUCCCGACGUCUUCGCUGGCAUUUUCAUCAGCAUGACGUGGAUCUUAAUUCUGUUGGUCUUGUGCAUGAUUGUCAUACGCGUACGCAAGUACGCGAGUUAAAGUUGCUGGCCUCCUUCGAUCAUUGACUCAUUUGCAUACGCUCUUACGGAAUUACUGGACAGCACCUUUUUGUUUUCGAUACCUUCCCUUGUUCAUUAUUGCGUUCCUCACAUUUACCACAAGAGAUGACCUGACAUAUGGUAUAGUAGAUUCGUACAAUGUUUAUACCUUAUCAUCGAAAUUAGAUUUAUGUCCUAUAUUUUUGCUUGUAUAUAAGCAUUAUCAAAGAAAACUUUUUUGCUUGCCAACUGGGCGGAAACAUACCUGCGUUCACAUAUUAAAAUUAAGCGUAUCCGGUUUCAUGACCUGAAAGAAAAUAGAACUGAAUAAAAAUUGUUCGUGUUAGUCUAA